AAGAGUGUGCGGUGGGCGUCACUACUCUGGCAAGAGAGAGAGAGAGAGAGAGAAAAAGGCGAAGCGAGCGAGAAAGAGGUCGGCGCAAUCGUCUUUGCCGCCAAUCAUGUCGUCUGCCCCUCCUCCUCCUCCUCGCAAUUAACCCUCGUCCACACGAAAAUAUAAGCCAAAAGCUUCCGUCUCUUCCCGUUCCUUUCGUACCUUUUCCGAUAAUUAUUAUUUUUUCCUGUUAUCGGAAAGAAGAAUCGAUCGAUCGGUCUCCAGAUCUAGGGUUCCUUAUUGCCCUCUCUCUCUCUCUCUCCCCUUUUCUUCUCCGAUCUCUACUUUAUUCCGGUUCUUUGUUCUCCACUUCUGUUUGUGGGAAUCGAUUCCAACCAUGAGCGCCGUGGGCGAGCAGGUGGCGGCAGCGGUAGCAGUAGCGGUGAAAGAGGCCGAUAAAGAGAAGAGGCGGCGGCGGCGCCAGAACCGCCGCCCCAAGCAGAACUCGGCCUUCCUACCAGAUGGCGGGUGCGGGUCUGUGGACUCGGCGUGCGGGCGGCCAGAGAUUUGGACUGGCAUCAUGGACGCCAGCCUAAUCAGCGCGUCCGAAAUUGCCUUCACUUCCCUGCCCGCUAUGCACUUGAACGGCGACGUGGAUGUGGCGGGGUUGAACUCCACAUCGCCACCUGCCGGCGUGGUUGGCGGGGAAAUCUCGAAAUCGUGCCCCUUGCCAGCUUCCUCGUUUCCUGUAGAUGAAGUCACUGUUGGUGUGGCAGCUCCUCCUCGCAAUUCAAAGAAGUAUUUUGAUCCUCAUUGGUCAGACCAGGCUGUUGAAGAGGCGAUCGAGAAAGGUCGCGCCUUUAAAGCAACAUUUCGUGUGAAUGCAUACAACCGGCUUGAGGCCUACUGUACCAUAGAUGGUCUCCCCGUGGAUGUUCUUAUCAAUGGAGUUGCUGCCCAAAAUAGAGCGGGAUGUGUUGGCAACUUUGUCUUUCUUCAAGAACAACUUUAUGUGUUUCUCUGCAAAGCAGAGGAAGAGGCUAUAGAAGGUGAUAUCAUUGCUGUAAUGUUGGAUCCUGUUGCAUACUGGACGAAGUUGAGAGGAUUAAGUAUGCGUAGCAGUCCUGUUGCAUCAGGUGGUUCAGAUUUUCCAACUGAGACCAGUGAAGUGAUUGACAAAAAUGACGCCAAGAAAGAACAAGUUGAUGCCAACUGCAAAUCCUAUACUCCUGGUAAUGGCAUGCACCCAAUGAACAAGGGGUAUCAAAAUCAUGAAAACAGUGGUUUUAGUGAAGCUGUUAGUAAUGAUAUUGGAAAUGGAUCUGUGACAUCUGAUAACAGGAACAGCGGAUGGAACUCUAAGUCUUCAACAGGUUCAACUAGAAAUUGGGAAUCUGAGCAGGGAGAAGCUGCAAGAGCUUUAGAGAGAAUACGUGCAAUGAUAAGUUCUAACCAAUCAAAACGACCUACUGGUAGAGUCUUGUCUAUCAUCAGGAACUCUCCUCGCCGUGGGGCAGUGAUUGGUUUUCUUGCUUUGAAGCCAUGGCUUCCUGAAGAGGAAGAAAAGAGCAACGGACAGUUGUCUAAGAAAAACAAGGAAUCUGUAUUUUCAGCUGGCUUGGACUACAUACAGCUGGUACCUACAGAUUCUAAAUUCCCAAAGAUGAUAGUUUCUGUGAAAAGACUUCCAGAUUGUGCAAAGGAAAGACUUAAGAAUGGUGACAUAUCAAUUGAAACUGAAUUAGUUGCUGCUCAAAUAGAUGAGUGGAAUGAAGAAAAUAUUUGCCCCAAAGCCCAAGUUGUUCAUAUAUUGGGACGAGGCGGGGAAAUUGAACCUCAUAUAAGUGCCAUAUUGUUUGAACAUGCGAUAAGUGUUGCAAACUUUACUCCUGAGUCAUUGGCUUGUCUUCCAAAUGUGCCAUGGAAGGUUCCUGUGGAGGACUAUAAAACUAGAAAGGAUCUUAGAAACAUUUGCACAUUUACAAUUGAUCCUUCUUCUUCUAAUGACUUGGACGAUGCAUUAUCUGUUGAGAAAGUGUCUGAUAAAAUAUUCCGAAUUGGUGUUCACAUUGCUGAUGUUUCAUGCUUUGUUCUCCCAGACACAGCCUUGGAUGCUGAAGCCCAAGUUCGGUCAACCAGUGUAUAUAUUUUACAACAUAAACUGCCAAUGUUGCCUCCAAGACUUUCUGAAGUGUGUUCCCUUUUGCCAGGUGUGGAUAGGCUUGCCUUCUCGAUUAUUUGGGACAUUAAUGACUCUGGAAACAUCAUCCAGUGUUGGAUUGGACGGUCUGUGAUUUGUUCAUGCUGCAAGCUAUCAUAUGAUUACGUGCAGGAUAUCAUUGAUGAAGGAUUUGAGAUUGAUCAAUUUGGUCUUUCUGGAAAACUGCAUCCUGAAUUGUGUGGGCAGUUUGAAUUCAAGGAUGUUAUUCAAUCUGUUAGAAGCCUUCAUGAGAUCUCUAAGAAGCAAAGGGAGAUUAGAUUUAAACAGGGAGCCCUUGGGCUCCAGAAUCCUAAGCUUGUCUUCUUGUUUGAUGAGAAUGGGACUCCAUAUGAUAGCUUUCUUAACGAGAGAAAACAGUCCUGUUCACUUGUUGAGGAAUUUAUGCUGUUGGCAAAUAAAUCAGUUGCAGAGGUUAUAUCCAGGGCUUUUCCUGAUUGUGCUCUACUUCGGAGGCAUCCUGAACCUAACCUAAGGAAACUUCAAGAGUUUGAAGCAUUUUGUAGCAAACAUGGUUUCGAGUUAGAUGCUUCAUCAUCUGGCAAACUUCACCUAUCACUAUCUAAAAUAAGAGAGAAACUAAAGGAUGAUCCUGUGCUGUUUGACAUUCUACUCUCAUAUGCUUUGAAGCCAAUGCAGUCAGCAACCUACUUCUGCUCGGGAGAUUUAAUAGGCAGGGAAAAUGAGUGGGCACAUUAUGCACUGUCAGUUCCACUCUAUACACAUUUCACUUCUCCAUUGCGGAGAUAUCCUGAUAUUAUUGUACAUCGAACAUUAUCUGCGGUUGUUGAAGCUGAAGAAGUUUAUGUGAAGCAAAGACAGACUUUGGUUACAGUUAACAAUGGCCAAAUAUCUGGUGAUGGAAUUGUUGGUAGAUGCUUUAGUGGUCUUUAUUUUGAUAAUGAUGUUGCAGAAUCUGAGCAAGUUAGAGAAAUACUAUUAUCUACUGCUUUGAAAUAUAAAGUUCCUGGAUCUGAAGUGCUUGCAGAAGUUGCUGCAUAUUGCAAUGAAAGAAAACAAGCUAGCAAGCAUGCUGAGGAAGCUGGAGAAAAGCUUUAUCUCUGGACUCUAUUGAAGAGGAGGGAGGUGCUGCUUUCUGAAGCCAGGGUUCUGGGACUGGGACCAAGAUUCAUGACAGUUUACAUAAACAAUUUUGCUCUCGAGAGGCGGAUAUAUUAUGAUGAAGUUGAAGGCUUGGCUGUUGAGUGGUUGGAAACUUCUGGUACAUUAGUUCUAGAUAUACCAAAGACUAAACCCUUCCAGAGAAGGGUUAUCCCUGGGAAAUUACGUGUAAUCGAAGAUGUAGCGUUGGUGCUGAACACGUCUGGGUUAGUUAUACCUGAAGAAGAAAAUGAAGACAACACCACCUUACCUAGUACUUCCAAUCUACUCCCAGCAGUUCCUGCAGCAGAAAACAAUGCAACUGUUCCCCUGUGCUUUCCUUUGGUGCUCCGACUUCUAUCCACCAUUCCCGUUGCUCUUCAUGCAGUUGGGGGGGGAAAAAGUCCAGUAGAUAUCGCGGCAAGACUGUAUAUGUGCUCGUACUUCAAAUAAGGUCAGAAGAUGCUCAGAAAGCAUGAGAAAUAUGCACACACACACACAAGUGGAAUAUUUCUGUCGACAGAAAUCAAGGUCAUGGAUGGAGGAUUCGACGACUUAAAUGGGCUUGUACUGUGUAGAUAUAACAUCCAUGUGUAGUUGUAGGAUAGCGACACCGAGGAACCUUAAAAGUAGAUGGAUGUUUGUUAAUAAUGUACUUGGAAAGGUCUCUCCUAGAGGAAGAUUUAAAUUUCUGUUUUGAGGUAGUGGUUGGUUUGGAGUUUCAGGUGGCCUGACUUUUUUAAUCAGCCAGCUGCUUGCUGGAGUUGGGAUUUGCUUAGGCUAUUUUUCAAAUUGGGCAAAUCCUACCCAGGGUGCUCCUGACCUCCACUUUCUAUGUUAUGAACUGUAGCCCAUCUGUGUUUUUGGUUGGUGGGCUUGAUUGUAGUAAUCUGUUUCACUUCUCAUGUUCCCAACUCUGGAUUAUUACUGCCUAAAACUAUACAUUUCAAGUGCUUUCA